GCGGCACGACCUGGCGCGCUUGCUGCGGGAGGGCGGCGGCCUCGCCCGGAUCCCCGGCUUCCUCCCCGACGGCGUGGCCCGGCGGGCCCGCGCGGCGCUGCUGGAGGCGCCUGCGAGGCGGUGGGAGCGCACCUCGACGGCGGAGACUCGGGCUACGCCGACAGCAUCCCCCACGACUUCCGCCUCCUGGAGGUCGAGGGCGACGGCGUCCUGCUGGGCGUGGCCCGGCUGCUCUGGAGGUUAGUGCCGCACUCGCUGCCGAAUUUCACGGCAGCGAUGUACGGGCCCGCGGACCACAUAGCCCCGCACGAUGACUCGGUCCGCGAGCAGUACACGUGGCAGGAGGUGGUCGAGCUGGCAAAGAAUUAUAGCACAUCGUCGCAGAAGUGCGACCAGUUCGGUCUGAGUCCCUGGGCAGGCUCGAGGGCCUUCAGGAGGGACACGGCAGCCGUGUACUACCUGACCGACGACUGGCCCGAAGACAUUGGCGGACUCUUCGUCGACCUCGAGUCUGGCGAGAAGAUCAAGCCCGAGUUCAACACCCUGCUGGUGUUCUCCGUCCCGCGCAU